UCUUUUGGUGUAUAUCAGAUAUUUAGCUCUGUUAAAGGAAUUUUCUUUUAAAUAUUAUUAUUUUUUUUAUAACAAAUACAUUAUUUUACAAUAUUUAAUUUGCUGUAUAAGAAACCUUUUCUUAUAUGUAUAAUAAUAUUAAUUUCUUUCAUUUUAUCAUAUCAUUGUGACUAUAAUUUAAAAAAGGAACUUGUCAGGAAGUUAAAAAGAUAUACGUAUGUAUAUAUAUAUUGUACGAACUCUCAUUAUUGGAUAUGUAGAUCUGUAUUUAAGUGUACACAAAAUGCAGGUCUGUUUCUAGUUAUAUAUAAGUCUUAUAAGCUGUUAUCUGCAUUGAAAUGAUAUUUGCUAAGAAUAAUUCUAUGUUAUGAUAAUUGACGACAGGUGCCUUUGCAGAUCUUAAUGAGAAGUAAGACAUCAUUAUUAGUCAUGGUAGUGAAAAGGUGUUUGACAGAAGGUGGUAUAUAAAUUUUAAGUAAAAACAUAUUUUUUGAAGCUUUCACGGACUAAAUUAUCACAAUUAAUACUUAACAACAUAUUUUUUGUAGUAUAUAUUCAUCAUUAAAAUAUGUAAAAUAUAUAUUUCUAGACAUUACAGCAUAAAAUUUUGUUGUAUCUUCAUAAAGUACAUGUAUAUGUAUACAAAUGGUUUCACUUACCAAUAUAAAUCUGCAAUCCAUGUUAAUGUUAAAUGUAUUGCUACAAUCAAUAGAGUCUACUGAAAUUUCAGCAAAAGAUGAAGUCAGUUCUUACAUUAAAGGAAAUUUAACAUGCCCAUUACCAAUAACAACUUUGGAUUUUCUUUACAAUUUUUCACAAUCCGAUUUAGAAAUUGUGUGGCCUUGUGAAAUCCGUUUUUACUGGUUAUCAUUACAACCAUUUGUUAAAUUUGUACGCUUUCUACUUAGCUACGUAACACCAUUUAUUAUAAUGCUCGGUGUAAUGUUAAAUACUAUUUCUUUUGUAAUAUUAAGUACACCUAUACUUUGUGAAUCAAAUUUGUCACUUUAUUUAAAGGCACUUGCCUUAUCUGAUAACGGAGCAUUAGUAUUUAAUUAUGCUGUAGGUAUUGCAAAGUCACAUUUUAUAUUUGUUAAUAAUCUUUUCAUGGCUAGUAGAUUUCUAUGCAGUUUGAAUUCUAUUACUAUGGAAUUCUUUCAAUUUACAUCUACUUGGCUAGUUGUAGUUCUCACAUGGACACGAGUAUUUGCUAUAAUGUUUCCUUUUGGAAUAUAUGGUCGUUAUAACAAUUCCUCGGGAACGAUAACUAUUACUAUUUUGAUAUGUGUCAGCUUUAUAAUAUCAUUAACAAAAUUGUAUUCAGGAGGCUAUGAAACAGACAGCGUUUUUGAAUUUAUACCAUGCCAAAAGAAAAUAAAACCAUGGGGUAGUGCUAUGUAUUUUUAUAUUGCAUUAUCAACUUGGUUACCUUUACUUUUUAUAUUUAUUGGAAAUAUUUUACUGAUUAUACUCAUGAAAAAAACUGAAAAAAUUCACUGUCAGUUAACUCAAAAUUUCAGACAUAAAACAAACAAAGUACAUCAUACUUUUAGAAUAUUAUUUGUAGUAUCAACUGUUUAUUUAGUAUUACUAUUACCCCUUGGUAUAGUUGAAACUUUGGAACUUUAUUGGGAUGUCAUUUUGAUUAAAUUUCCCGGUACUGAGAUGAAAAGAAAAGCGGAAUAUAUACACUGGUUAAAAGAAAAAAUGUUAUUAAAGUGGUGCCGCGGUUUAUGCUUUCAUAUAUAUCAUUGGAAUUUUGCAAUUAAUUUCUUUUUAUAUUGUCUGACAGGUGAAAAAUUUAGAAACGUAGUCAUACAGACAUUAAAACGAUAUAAAAUUGUAAUCUUUUCAAUCUUUUCUAAACAUAUCAACAAAUGUAUAUUGUGUUCAAAAUAUCCUACACAUUUAAAACCCGCACAGUCUCCGAACGUAUUACUAAUAAGAGCUAUCACGCUUGGUGAACACCGUACCUCUGGAAGUGUUUCUGCGCAAAAUAAUAGUACCACUAUUGCAAACACUUAAUGUAAAGAAUAUAUAAAUCAAAUUUAUAAAGACUGUUAGCAUUAAACAUUGCAAAAAUGUUUGUAUAUCCACAUAUUUUUAUUGAAUAUGUACACUGUUAUAUAUUUCAUGUCAAAUUUUAUCACUUUACUUAUAUCACUUUUGGUAAGAGUAUUCUUCCUUGUUUAUAUUUUCACUAAUUUUAUUACAUAUUUUCAUAAUUUACAAAACUUGAAUUUUCUAUUACAUAUUUCUAGAAAGUAUAUCAUUAUUAAUAUUAUGUAUCACAUUAAAUAAUUUAUUUUACACACAUGAUAAAAAUGAUGGAUGUUCUUUUAAAAGAGAUCACAAUGACCGAUCGAUACGAAAUUUGAGAGAGAGAGAGAGAAAGAGAGAGAGAGAGAGAGAGAGAGAAGGGGAGGGGUGGAUCUCAAAUUUAAAAUUUUAGCUGUGGCUAUUUAUUAGUUUUUGAGUUCUUAAUAAAAGCUUGCGAUACUAUAUAUUGAAUGGUGUCUAUAUAGAUGUUACUAAUUACUAAUCAACCGUCUUAGCUGGUAGUUGUUCUCUGGUACUUAUCCUCAAUUGUCGAAUAGCCGAUGAUGCAAUAGCGAUAUCACUUCAGUAUCUAUACGGUGUCCCAUGUGAAAUAGGUUAUUGUAGCUUCAGUUGUCCAAAGGAUGUUUUAUUUUCUAUUUAAUUAUCUUUUGAACUGAUUAAGUAAUCAAAUAUUAGCCGGCCGCGACGGAAUAUUUUUAUAUAUAAUUUGAUAACUAAGGUUGAUCGCUGGUUAUGUAGUACACACACGACACGCAAACACACAUACACACACGGUAUAUUAACCCAACAUUUUACGACCACGGAGAUUAAAACGUAACUUAGUCUAAAAACAAGCGGACUGAUUUUAGGUAGGACACCGUAUACAUACUGAGGUCGAUAUCGCUGUUGCGUCAUCAGCUACUUGACAAUCAGCACUUGACAUUCGACGACGACUACUACAGCGAAAACAGUUGCUAUAUAUAUGUAUAACAUUGAAAGGUCUUUUAUCGAUAUUUCGGAAACGAAUAAAUAUCCAUAGCUAAAAUUUUUAAAUAAGAUCUACAUCCUCUUCCCUCCCUCAAUCCCUUUCAAAUUUCAUGUCGAUCGACCACUGAUUUCUUUCAGAAUUAGAGCCAAAAUGAUUACUAAUGCAACCGAAUAUCACAUUGUAUAUGCUGAAAUAAGUUUAGAAACUAGAAUUUUCUACAUUAUGUUCAUAAAAAUGAAGAUAUAACAAACUAUAAUUAUUAUAAUUCUGUUUGUUUAAAUUCAUUUUAUAAUUCGGAUAUCUGGCUCCAAUAUAAAUUAUAAAAUUGAUAAAAUUAUUGCUUGCUAAUACUGCAAUUGAAAUUUUCUACGAAAUUUCCAAAAAUUUUAAAAUAAUUUACUACAUAUUACAACUGAAUAACAUCUAUUUAUACGCACACACGUUUUAGAAUAUAAUAUAUCUUCUUUUUUUAAUUACUAAAAUAUGCACAAAUUUGGUUUGCAAAUAUGUUUCAUUGUAAUAAAUGUGUAAUUAAGUAUUUACAUUAAUAUAUGAGAUAUUUAAUUAUAAUGAAUAAUUUCAAUUUGACAUACUCAGAUUCUAUAUAUGCUCAGUAUAUGUGUAAUAUAUGGAUAUUGCAUAUUCAUAUACUAAACAUAAAUCGAAAUACAUUUUAAAUACAUAUUAUAAAAUACAAUUUGAUAUGUGUAACAUAUUUAAGUAUGAAGUUAACAUACACAUGUUUAUUGAUA